UGAACGUUCUCUUGUGACCAGCAAGCGAAAUUUCUGAUCAGUAUCUGCCUCCGUAGUGUUUUUAGUGUUAUUGUGCCUUUUCAGUCCUUUGAUUUCUACUUGCUAAACAUACGUUUCGAUAUGAGCAGCCCCGCUGGUAGAACUAAUGCCUCCCCACAUCACCAUCUGCGAGAGCGAAAACGCAAGGCUGAUCCAAAACGAGAGCAGCCAUCCAAGUUCCAAUCAAGCAACACUACGGACCUUAAUGAUGAGCCAGUUGAAAUAAAGAGGCCCAUAGCAAAAAAGACGAAAACAAACAAGUCCUCAGCAGAGCAACGAUUGAAGCGGUAUGGAGCAACUUCACGCCUCCUUCCCAAACUGAGCUGUAGCGCUCUAAUCUUUGACCAGAUAUAGAGAAACUGCUCCCGCUUCUAUUCAAGCAAUUUAUGAGAGGGCGUUGAGCCAGCGCAUGUUUUGCCUGGAUAGACAGCGAGGAGGAAGCGAGGAUUGUCCCACCGAAGUUUUGAAGAUAGCGGGAAGCACUGGAAACGUAUACACCGUGAAAAUCGACCGGUUACCUUCCUGCGACUGCCCACACGCGAGAAGAGGCAACGAGUGCAAGCACGUUCUCUUCGUUCUGGUGCGCGUGUUGAAGGCCACGAACUACUGGCAGAGGGCCUACUUGGCAAGUGAGCUUCGAGAAAUCUUCAGCAAGGCACCCCCCAUCGUCCCUGUCGAUGCGGAGAGGUGCGACAACGAUCGCAAACCCAUCCACGAGGAAGACACGUGCCCCAUUUGCUUCAUGGAGUUCCAAGACGGUCUCGAAGGGACCGUGUAUUGCAAAGCCGCAUGUGGCAAUAACAUCCACAAAGAAUGCUUUGAUCAGUGGGCUGCGAGCAGAAAACGUUCAGCCGCACCGGUAACAUGUCCGUUCUGCCGAUCCAGAUGGAUUGAUGCAGAUGGUUCACAAGGCAGAAUAAGCAUAGAUAUGUUGAAGCAGCGUAGCAUCAACAGCGAAGGGUAUAUCAAUGUCGCUCAGGAUUUGGGCAUAUCGACCCAGCGCGACUACAGUACUUAUCACUCCUUCUGGGUCAGGCGAGAAGCGAGGAGGGGUGCAGACGUCGGUGAUUGGUAUGAUCCUGACCCUUUUUAGAAUGGGAUAAAAGGGUGGGCGAAUUCUGUACCUAUCAAGUUGUUGUGUGAAUCUCAAUGCCUCCACGAGGGAGUUCCUGGUGACUAGACUGAGUCUGAGCAGCUGGUAUGCUGGGAAAAAGGUCAUCAGUUUGCGAGUAUAACGCCCUCCCUUAUGGUGCUCAUCCAUACCGCGAUAACAAGUAUUCUGUCGAGCUCGACGACUGUCAACUUCAACAUUAGGUAAUGAGGCUCUAAGAAAACGGAAUAGGUAUGUCAGAAUAUCUAAAGCCUAUCAAAUGAGGCAGACAAAGCUAAAAUACUAAGCAUGUUAAAACACACAGCUAUCGCCUCCUCUACUCCCUCUUGAUGUUUCUAACUACCUGCUUCAAAUCAUCUUCCGUCAAGCCCAUCUCUUGUCGGCAGUAGUUCCAAAAGUUACCGUACUCCUCCUGAACCACACUCACGAAGGCAGCUGCAAUCCCAGGAUUCGUGCUCCCAAGGUUGAUGAUCCCUGGCUGCCGCAUCGCGUCGUCGCCGAGCCAGUUCUUGAGCACGGCAGUCAGCAUCUCUCGCUCAGGCUCAACCCCUAUCCUCGUCAGGCUGUAGUCAUACCCGAUCAGGUCAACGUCAUGCUCAACGAGGCCAUGCAGGAGAAUGGCCAUGACUCCGGCCCGGUCUUUGCCGGCGGUGCAGUGCCAGAGAACGCCUUCCCCCGGCCGAUCUCUCAGGCGCUCGAGAAUCUGCCUGUAACGCGGGGCGAAGAGCUUCAAGAUCUCGAUGUAGUCUGCCACGAACCCGGGGAUCCCGCCGCCGGCAACGUAAUCCGACGGGUUGACGUGCCGCACCGGCGUCGUGGAUUCCAGCCAGACCAUGUCCACGCCCUCGAUGCCCGGCUCCGGGAACCGUUGCCGCUCGCCUCGGUGUCUCAGGUCGAACACGGACUUGAUGCCCAGUUCGUCGCGCAGACGAGCGAAGGCGGAAGGGGGGAUGUUGUGAAGAGAGCCCGAGCGGUAGACGAGCCCUGGUUUGAUGCGCGAGCGGGGGAGAAGGCCCAAGUCUCUGAGGUUCAGGCUGCCCGGUAAAGACACGAACGGCGGUGUCGCGAGGCCAGCGGCAAGAAUGUUGUCGGGGAUGGUCUCCGCCAUGGGAAGCCGAGCGAGCGCCUCGAGAUCGACCGCUUCGUGAGGCUUGACAUCGGCCUCGUGAACGGGAGCCGCAAGAUCUGAC